GCUGAGUAAAUCCUAGGUGGCAACUGAUAUGGCGACCUUGUAUGCAUGAAAUUUCUGAAUACAUGUGGAAAUGACAUACUAUCGCUGGCUGUUGAGGUAUCCUUCGGUCCUGCUCGCUUUACUUGGGUGGUCCUUGUGCCACUCAUAUGCCAGCAUUUGCAAUAUCCAGCUUUCUGGCAUUUCGGGAACAGGCACAUUGCAGGAGAUACGAACCGUCGCUAAUUGCAGCUGCUGGGAGGAGAGUACCUUCUACCGCGGAAACUCAUUGGAGUAUCCUUAUGAAAACCGUGCGCUUUCAGAUCUAUGCGGGGCGUCAAGGUUCGCUGGUGGCCUUCUUGCCAGUGAAGACAAUGGCGGGCGCCCCAUCUCAGUAGGUCCUUGGAAGGGUGCCAUUGUCGCCAAUGCCACCUCCUUGAAGCUAACCGGCUCAGACCUCAUUUUAGACGGCUCUCUUGGUACCGGGGCAACAGCAGCCAAUCUGGACCUAACUGCCAACGGUCCAUUCAUGCCGUUGCUGUACUUGAGUCGUGUCACCAAGCUCACCCUGCGCAACCUUGUGUUUCGCAACCUAACCGCCUCGGGACCCCUUAUCCUGCUGGAGGGCUGCAGCAGCGUCACGCUGCAGAACGUGACCUUUGAGGACGUGCGGUUUCUGUCCCUAGCAGCCGCCGGAGGGCUGAUACAAGCCGUAAGACUGUUGAACAGCAGCCUCGACUCAGUAGCUUCUGGUGUGGCUGACGGCAAUGACACUGCUGUGCUGUCGGACCUAAUUUUGAGGGACGUCAUCGUCCGGAGGGUUUCAAUUGCAAGCACCAACACAGCAGCCGGCGAGCUCACCAACAACAGCAGCAGCACUACCACCACCCCCCAACUCGUUGCUAAAGGUGCCAUGUCCUCCAUCACCAACGCUUCCACCUCAGCAACGACAGCCGCCAGCACCAACUCUUUGGUCUCCUUGAUGCAGUGUAGCAGCCGUUGCACUGUCCAAAACGUUGCUUUCAUGGAUCUGGACCUAGGUGCAUCCGGAACCGCCCUUAGCAUUCAGGCCAGCCCUGGAUUGACUUUAGAGCGCGUAACAGUGACGGGAGCAACCUGCGGGGAUGACAGUGGCUCCAGUAUUGGUGCUUAUGGGGCGGUCGUACACGUAACGGAUGGGGAAAAUAUGACAGCAGCAACAGUGACGCUGCGUGAGCUUGAACUCCAUGACGGUUGCAGAGCUUUCAUGCUGAGCGGCCUCUCAGGAGGAUUGUCUCUGCGCAACCUAACAAUGCAGGACUCAGUGCUGUCAUCAGGGACGCAAGCGGCUGUGCUGCUGUCCCAAGUGACCGCUUCGGCGGGCUAUCGAGCUCUCCUACAAGGUCUGCGCUUCAGCAACCUGACGCUGACUGGCGGUGCGGGAGGGGCUCUGCUCUUGGCUGGAAGCACAGCUGUAGACGUCCAGGACGUCGUUGCGUGGGGUGUGGGUUCUCCUGCUUCUGCCAGCGGUGACGCAUACCUGCUCCGCGUGUCAGGCAACAGCCAACUCAUUACCAUCAAUGGUGUCGAGGUGUGGCCUAUUGAGGAACCCAUGGGUCCCUGCACCUGGGUCUCCGUACGGGACAGCUCGCAGGUAUCAAUAAACAGCGUUCACAACGCGGUGGUGUACAAUUUUACGUCGGACCGGGCAGCAAUAGACAUCUCAAGAUGCAUGCCCGGCUGCUCCAUUCGUGAUGUCGACCUGAAAAAUCUGACCCUGGAGGGAGCGGAUGCCAGAGCCAUAUCGGUCGUACACAGCACAGGGAUGCAGGUUUCGGACGUGUCUCUGCGGUUUCUCCAAAGCACCCGUCUGGACAGCUUGCCAGCAAGCGGGGCCGUCAGGUUUCUCAACCUAACGUCUACCUUGCUUCGCAAUAUUAGCCUUUACCAUUUCACUGUGAAUGGGCCCCUUUAUGGGGUAUCCCUCACAAACUGCAGCACCGUUACCGCAAUCGCCAUGUCCAGUUUCUUGUUUAACGCCGUGGAUUAUCCAGAUGCCUCAUCCUUAUAUAUAAAAGGUAGCAAGGCUGUGAAUGUAGUAAGCUACCUCUGUCGAUAUUCCACCUCCGCUAAUGGGCCCUGCCUUACUGCCGCCGCAUCAGCCGUAACGGUUAAUAACGGAAGGUUUUUGGGUAAUGGCGCGACGCUUGGUGGCGCUGUAUACCUGGUAGAAGGCGAAGGCAGCGUUACAAGGAUGGACAUUCUGGGCAGCGCAUUUCUCGCCAACAAGGCAACUCGUGGUGGUGCCAUAGGCAUGAUGCCAGCGAAGAGCAGUGUCGCUGUUUCGCUGACCAUCAGCAGCAGCACGUUUGCGAGCAACCUUGCAAUACCACAAGGCACGCAAACAGCAUUAGGCGGCGACAUAUAUAUGGCAAACGGAGGCAGCCUGGCAAUUACCUCGUCAACCUUCUCUGGCGCUUCGGCCGCUGGAGGCGGCGCGAAUGGUGGCUCCAUUUAUGCCCGCAAAGCACGAGUCGUGAUUACAGGAUCCACCUUCACGCGGAACGUCGCUAGCAACAGAGGUGGCGCCCUUUAUCAUGAGCCAGCAAAGGACUGCAUUCCUACAGACUCAUGUUCGCUUAUCUUGAACGCGUGCCAGUUUAAUUACAACUCCGCCAAUGAGGGCGGCGCAAUACUGCUACUUCUGACGGACAAUGCCAUCACCGGCUUCAACAUCACCGGAACAAACUUUACCGCCAACUCUGCUGCCAACAUGGGAGGUGCCAUCUCCAUGCCCGGCAACUGCGAGCCCUAUUUGGUUCCUGCAUGCAAGGCCCCGGCGGACCCGGCAAGCCAGGCUCUGUCGAGGUUCUACGGCUGUCGUUUUGAGGGCAACUUGGGGCUGACGGGAGGUGCUGUGUACUAUGCGUACAACAACGCGCAGGGGUUGAGCAUUACGUCAACAGAGUUCGUUGGCAACAACGCCACAGAGAGUGGGGGGCUCUACCUUCGUGCUGUGCCAGCCGUGGAGAUUGUGGACUCCCUCUUUUCCAACAACACUGCAAGCGUCGUCAGCGCGGCAACUUUGUAUUCUCUGCAUUCCCGUGCGCUGAUUCGCAACAGCACCUUUCAAAACAAUACAUGCAACCUUGGGAACAAGAACACGGGGUCAGCCCUGUACAUCGCUGAAUACGAUGGCGUUACUGCCAACGGUACAACAGGCGGCGAUUUAUUUAACUUGACUUUGGUGAACUCCACAUUCACGGACAACUAUUCUAGCAAUGAGGGUGGCGCUGCUACCAUUGCACGAUGUAAUGCGCUGCUAGAGGGCCUGGUCUUUCGCAACAAUUCCGCAGCAGGAAAAGGUGGAGCACUGUACCUGGAACCCGACACGAGCGGCAUGCUGGUGGCAACAAUGAGCGGCAUCCUUAGGAGGGUCACCGAUGCCACGCUGCGGCGUGUUCGUUUCAAUGACAACCGCGCCACCACCAACGCGGGAGCGCUGCUGGUAUCAGGCUGGCGGCUGCAGAUGGAGGACGUUUCGUUCGUCAACAACAGCGCCAACACGUUUGCGGCGGGUGGUUCAGGCAACUCGGGUGGAGCCAUGAUGACGACCAAUUGCCUAGCCACGCUUGGGCUGCGCAAUGUCUCCUUCUCAUUCAACAGCGCCUACCAAGGAGGCGCGCUUUCGGCCGAGAUGUGUAACAUGACACUGUGUAAUGCAACGUUUACCAACAACACGGCUAAAGGCGAUGCGGGUGCGGCCUUGGUCUCCGGCUUCACCCGGAGUGGUUCACCUUACUCUUUUGAAGUCCUGAACACCACGUUUGAAGGAAACACGGCGGACGGCCUGGGGGGCGCUAUAAAGGCAUACUGGGCUAUCGUAUCUGCUGCAGACACGGUAUUCAGGAACAACAGCGCCAGCGUUCAGGGGGGAGCAGUUUACCUUCAGAUGGUACCCCCCAUGCCUCACCGAGACAACGGUGUAUCAAUCGACACGGGCGUCAGGGCUGUCUUUAACCGCUGUGGUUUUCUGUCUAAUGCGGUAAACAAUUCCGGUGGCGCGCUGUUCCACUCCGGCUCUGCUGUACACCUAAGAGACUGCAAGCUGUACAAUAACACAGCUAGCAGUGACGGCUUUAUCUCCGACAGCUGGUCCAACGCC